AAGAUUUGGUUCAGGAACCGGCGGUUCAAAAUGAAGAAGCAGCAGCAGCAGCAAGAGCAGCAAUCACCAAAGCCACCAAGCCAGGUCCUUCCAGCCAAAGAUGUGCCCACAGCAUCAACCAGCCCUCAUUCUUUUCUCCUUGCAGUUUCAGAUUCCUAUAACUCCCUCUCACCUCAGUCCUUAGACCCUUUCCCCUGGGCAGGGGACUCUAUGAUCAUGGAGCUUCCUACAAGUGAUGUCCACAUGCAAGAUCCUCAAUUGGAGAGGCUAGUGGCCUCAGUUCCUGCUUUGUACUCUGAUGCAUUUGAUAUCACCCAAAUCAUGGAACUGUACAGUUUUCCCGAUGAGGAUGACAUCACCAACUCUUCCUUCUAUUCUCUGUAUCAGUAUCUCUCACCGAAAAGGCCCAGUUAGAAGAGUUCUUCUCUUAGAGUCUUUGCUGAUCCAGGUGUAGGUUUAUUUCCUGGGCAGACCUGCUUCAGUGUGACAAGCUGGAGCUUUGCAGUCUACAGUGCACAGAACAGCCUGGAAUUCCAGAACCCCUCCAGUAUGGUGCACUUUGGGUUUCUCUGAUCCAAGUACUAAUAAACAUCAGACAGUAUAGAAAAAAAAAAUUUUUUUUUCACUGUUAACAAUAACUCUGCAAUUAACAUGAAAGUGAA